CCCUUUCAGGUGCCUUUUUGUUCAUGAAAGACCGCUUUCUUUCGUGUCUUCGUAGGCGCAAUGUUUGUUGCAAUCUAAGCAUUUCCGUUUCAAUCGGAAUCCAUGUCUUUCGCGAGGUAGUUCAUAAUCAUUUCAUCAUCAGCUGCGCACGCAAGCUGGUUUUGAAAGGUAACUAUCUCCUAUCAGCCAUAGUAUGAAGAUCACGUGGUGGAUAUUUACUCUGUCUACCUUGUGGAUUUACAAGCAGAGGACAAACUUGUGUGAAGCUACCUUAUGCAGCACCUCAUGUUUGAUAGUUUCUAACGCGACGGAUAUUUUUACUCUGGACUUUGAAACCUCUACUAUCAACCCAGUUAUAUCGGGUUUAACAAGAGCUGUUGCGAUUGAUCUUUACUUCGAUUUGGGCCUCGUGUUCUGGAGUGACGUCGCAGAACUCAGCAUCAAACGUCUUGACAUUAAUACUGAUAAUAAAACCACGAUUAUCACCAAAAUUGGAGUUUGCAAUGGACUAGCUGUAGAAUGGAGGAGUUCCCAGCUGUUUUGGACUGAUAAAACAAAUAACACCAUAUCCGUAUCAGACCUGGAUGGUAAUAACCAACAUGCCAUAAUUUCCGAUGGUCUCGAUUACUUUAUGUUCUGGACUGAUUGGGGAGUGAACCCAAAAAUUGAAAGAGCUAACUUGAGUGGAAGCCAAAGAACAGCCAUUGUAACAACGAAUCUUUAUCAUCCAAAUGGUAUUGACCUGGAUAAAGGAAACAGACGCAUAUUCUGGGUUGAUGAAGGCUUGGACAGAGUAGAAUCCAUCGAUUACAAUGGUGGUAACAGGACAUAACUUUUCCAAUAUAAUGGUUUACAUCCUUUUGGAGUUGCUUUGGUUCCACCUUUCCUGUUUUUCACCAACUGGAAUACGAGUAGAGAGAUUGAUAAACUGGACGCCCUGACUGGAGAGGUACUUCGCAGCUAUAGCAUCAAUGGCGGACAGCCUAUGGGCGUCGUGGUAUAUGACGGCUUCCGGCAACCUCCGGCUUCAAGUCCAUGUUCCUUAAGCAAUGGUGGCUGUAGCCAUUUUUGUGUCCCGAAAAACUCUACUUAUGAGUGCGUGUGUCCAACAGGCUUGGCAGUGAAACAGAAUGGAAAGACAUGUGAAGAAAGUAAGUUUUUUUUGUCUUAUUCGGAACUUUCGAUCACAAUCCCUUUACUUGUCAGAGAGUUGUCAGCUGCGGUCCUCUUGUACCUCCAACGAACGUUGUUAUUUCGCCCUCUUCGUGUCUAUCGAGGAGCCCUUACAAUCAGACUUGCACAUUUUCUUGUCGAAUUCCCGGAUCUGUUCCUAAUGGAACCUUCUCCAGUUUUAAUCAGAAUUGUGGUUUCUAUAAUAAUAACGUCACGGUUAACAAUAAUAACAUUAAGACGGAGCUUUAAACGAAACAUUAAGGUUCCCCUUGGUGAUCCAAACAGUCACGAUGCACCUCGAAGAAACUGUUACGAAGUUCCAGAUCAUACCAUAAUAGAUGUAGGUGGUCACAACCAACAGAACGAGAACGGAAAUAUCGCACCAAAUAUAAUAUUCUCUACAAAGCCGGCAACUGAUCCUGGUGAUCCGCUGCAGCUGGCACCAAUUGCCCAUAGGCAAUUUGAUGGUGCAGCUGGAAGCUCGAGGUCCUCAGCUCCGGAAGAAGGAGACUGGGGCAACUUUGACGAAAAAUCAAAAACUCCUUCAGACUCAGUUGAUACUUGUAAAAGUCCUUCAAGUGGCGAAAGUUCUUCUGCGUUCCCGCAACUUGUCGAUGACGACCAUUUAGUGACCAAAAAGAUAGGCUUGUACAGCAACCGUAAAGUUGGACGUUCUGUAAAGGUGACAAAUCUUCAGGAAGACCAAGUAGAUCUCAAUGACCGCAAAGAAGGCGACUGUUUAACCAACCGCUUUCCUACACUACCUGUAUUAAAUCGCAUCACACAAGUUGAAGGAUAUUUCAGCAGUUCCGGCGGUGAACUGAGUGCCGCUCCUGACUCCGACGUGAAGAUAGUUAUCGGAAAUGGCGUGAUUGGAGACAGCCAGUUGGUCUUCUACGGUGUAGUCGACGAUGAAACGGAGUUGCUGCGGCAUAUCCCUGUAGGACCUGAAGAAACGCUCAUCUCCCCUGUGAUUGAAUGCGGACCACAUGAUAUCAGGAUCUCAGAGCCUUUGGAGAUUAUAAUUCCGCAUUGCCUCUAUAUGGAUAAAAAAGUCAAGAAAAACAUGGAAAAAUGGAUAAGUGUCUAUAGAACUAACCCAGGUCCCAUCAAGUGGGAGAAAAUCCCUUGCGAAUCAGAAAAAAAAUGAUUUGUCAAAGGCAUGGUUCACAGCAACAGAGGACUCCAUUCAUAUCAAAACCAAGACAUUCUCUUUCUGGAGCAUAUUUUCCCGCAGAAGAACGAGAAGAAAAAGAGCUAGAGUGUUUGCUAGCAAGCCGAAUCCCAGAUCCGUUUAUUUGAGAUUCUAUAUUUACGAUGAUAAUGAGUAUUCUAGGAGGCGGGUGGAGAAUCAAGAGAAGCGGUUAACUAAGUGGUCGACUCCGACAA